CUCUACUUUUUUUGGUAAAUUCCUUUCCUUUCCUGCACAACAACCCGAAAUAUCCAAAAGAUAAAAAAGCAAAUGAAAAUAAUAGAUGUUAUGACCCAGAGAAGAUAGACGUGCUUGUGGUAAUGUGCGACUGCAAUCUGUGAAGGAGACCCAGAUAGAGGACAGAGAAGAUGGUGAAGAAAUUGGGUUCCUUGUUGCAGCUUCUGGUGGUGGGUCUGGUGAUGGCGGAGACGGUCUCUGGUGCUGAUGAGUUCAGCAGAUAUGACUUUCCUCCUGGCUUUGUGUUUGGUGCUGGCACUUCCGCUUACCAGGUUGAAGGAGCAGCAAAUGAGGAUGGGAGGACUCCAAGUAUAAUGGAUACCUGGGCUCACUCUGACUCAGUGAUUACAAGUGGAGCUAAUGGAGAUAUCGCCUGUGAUCAAUAUCACAAAUACAAGGAAGAUGUCCAACUCAUGGCAGAAAUGGGCUUAGAUGCAUACCGGUUUUCCAUCUCAUGGUCGAGGCUCAUUCCAAAUGGGAGAGGCCCUGUGAAUCCGAAGGGAUUGCAGUACUACAACAACCUCAUCAAUGAACUAGUCAGCGAUGGGAUUGAACCGCACGUGACCCUACACCAUUUUGAUCUGCCACAGGCUCUUGAAGAUGAGUAUGGAGGAUGGAUAAGCCAAAAUAUCGUGAAAGAUUUCGUGGAAUAUGCAGAUGUAUGUUACAGAAUGUUUGGAGACAGAGUUAAAUACUGGACAACCUUCAACGAGGCCAAUAUUUUCUCAAUGGCUGGUUAUGAUCUCGGGUUCCUGCCGCCGACUCGUUGUUCUUCUCCAUUUGGAUACUUUAACUGCACCAGAGGAGAUUCGUCAUUGGAACCAUACUUGGCAGCUCACAAUAUCUUAUUGUCACAUGCAUCGGCCACUAGACUGUAUCGGAAAAAAUACCAGAACAUACAGAAGGGAUAUGUAGGGCUCAACCUUCUGAGUUUCCACUCGGUUCCUGCCACAAACAAAACGGAAGACGUCAUUGCAGCUCAAAGGACCAAUGACUUUUUCAUGGGUUGGUUUGUGGAACCGCUGGUGCAUGGGGACUAUCCUGAGGUGAUGAAGAAGAAUGCCGGGUCAAGACUCCCUUCCUUCACUGCUCUUGAAUCUCAAAGAGUCAAGGGUUCAUUUGAUUUCUUUGGAGUCAAUUUCUACAUCGCUACCUAUGUCAAGGACAAUUCAGAAGGCCUGAAUAUUGAACCGAGGGACUAUAAGGCGGACAUGGCUGUAGAAUGGCAAUUUACGCAAGGGAAUGCGUCAUCUACGAACAGAUUGUUACCCUCAUUCGAGAUUCCGCUUACUCCAUGGGGUCUGCAAGGCGUGCUGGAGUUGUUCAAGCAAAAUUAUGGAAACCCUCCCGUUUUCAUCCAUGAAAACGGUCAAAGGACGCAGCGAAACACGACGCUUGAAGACUGGCCGAGAAUUCAAUGUCUGCAAGAGCAUAUCAGUGUCCUCCUGGAUACAGUGAGGAAUGGUUCUAAUGCCAAAGGCUACUUCACAUGGUCCCUCCUAGAUGUGUUCGAGCUGUUGGACGGGUUCCGAUCGAGCUUUGGCCUCUACUAUGUGGACCUGGACGACCCCGGGCUGAGGAGGUACCCGAAGCUCUCGGCCGAGUGGUACUCACACUUCCUGAAGGGAGGGAGCAUCACUCCCAAUGCCGGCAUCGAGCUCAAGGGCAACUGGUCCUCCCUCUCUUCUGCUCAAGUAAUGAAGUGAAAUUAAACUCCUUGGUUCCUUGAGGCGCAAGUCAUUUUCUUGGGUAGCUCCACUCGCUCUCCAGGUUCACCUCGGCAUCGUCUCUCAAAAGUCAAGGAGCCUGCGAAUUGUACUCUCUUUUGUCCAGUGUUUUCCCUCAUAUGUACUUCGACGUGUUGUCAAGAUUCACGAAGCCUGUGCGAGAGCGGCGCGGAGGACUUGCUAUCGAAGCAAUCGAGUAUGGCUGUAACUCUUUGAAUUUUACCGUUCUAAAAAGCCGGUUUAAGCAUAUGGAACCGUUGCACUCGACUUUACAAGUUCCAUUAUGUCGUGCUAGUUGGUGUGGAUGUCUGGUUGGAUUCGAGUUUGGUUUGUUUUGUUUGAAAUUGGGUCGAUCUUGAAUUGUGCAAGAUUGCACAGU